ACAUCAGACGAUUAUAGAAAUCUCGUCAGAAUUGCAUUCGUCGUUGCGGCUCUCUGUGAGGGAGUUUGAGGUCUUUAUCACAGCUGGAAUAACAGUGAGUUGACAUCUGCAUGGAUUAGAAACAAUACACACUGGGUCAGGGCGCUAUUCGCUUAUCACUAGGCUCUACACCACAUCACAACCUAGGAGGCUCGACAAUCUUGCUGGAUUGAAUCGGCGAAUUUGUCAUGAAAAUUCGACAGCUGAGGCUAACAACCUUCAAAUUAGUUCUCGCGAUGCUCUUCGCUUUAAUUUUAAUAUGCCAAGGAGAAACAGUGAAAGCUAGAUCCGAAGUGUUUGCUCUAAACAGUGGUCCUCCACCUUACAUGAAAGUCCUAUCCGGAAGUGACGUGGAUUUCACUUGGAAAUUUCGGGUUUUUCGGCCAAAAACGAUCACUGCUGUGUCGUGGCAUUUCAUUCAUUCAAACGACAACUUGUUGGAUGACAUCAAGCUUAUACAUGUUAUGGUGAACAAUUCCGUGGCAAAUGCCCAGCAUCCCCUCUUGAAUUUAGAUAUACAUAAUCGGGCGAAUUGCUCUUUUCAUUUUCAAAAUGACAUCUGGUCGUUGCGUUGUCAAUUACGUAACACUACAGUAGACGACAGUGCCCAGUACGAAACGAAAAUUCAUUUGGGAAUAGACACGGUUGCGUCAAAUACGUCGUUUUUGAAAGUCGUAGACUUGAUGUUGGAUAGCAAGAAAACGGACAACGUCGUGGAAUCCUGGAUUGGAAAACCGACUGUUCUGAAAUGUGCCAUUUUCAGGAAUAGGAUUCUAAAGACAUCGUACAUGUGGCAGGUCGUCAGUGAGAAGAAAGAUAUAACGCGCGGUAUUAAAAAGGGAGGAAGUAAGACCUCUUAUACCUUUAUUCCACAAUCCGACAAAGACUUCGCGAGAUAUAAAUGCACAAUUUCGACGGAGGCGACGAUUGUAGAACACGAAAUCCUUGUACAGCAAAUAUUUAAUCCUGGUCCGCCAUUGAAACUAAACGUUCAGGUCACCAACGGAGGUAGAUAUGUGCGACUUUUUUGGUGUCAACCAAAAAGUGAUGGUGGAAGUACGAUAAUCAAGUAUGAAGUCAUUGUAACCGGAGAGGACAGACGUGAAAUACGUAAAAGCACAACUGAGCUUUCGGCAGGUGUUACAUUGACCGAUAAGAAUCGUUAUGAAAUACGUGUAUGUUCCGUGAAUAAGGUUGAGAAGCUUGUUAAUUCUUCCUGUACAAAACCACGUGAAAUAAAAAUAUCUCCAUUACGGCAAAAGGGUAAUCAAAAUAGAUUGGGCAGCCAUCGGCUUCUCAACAUGGCCGGAUUGAUGCUUGUAUACUGGAUUAUUUAAGCCACGAUUGGUGGUACGCACGAAUGAUGCUCUUUUUCGCUGGACACAGAAAGAAGAUCGAAAAAGCGUGCUACACACUCUUCCUGGACACCGGAAUGAAGAAAUUGAGUUAUACCCGCAUAGCCGAAAUGGCUACAUGAUAAUAUGUCUGGACUACUGACCAUUUUUAUUUAUAUUUCAAGUAAUAAUGAUUUUUAGCAUCAUGAUAUGAAUGAUGCUAAAAGACAUGAAUGAUGCUUACUUAGCUGGACGCGGCAACUUUAUGGUUCUGGAUCAUGAGGAGGAUUUGGAAUUUUUGGAGCUCCAGUGGAGCUUCGUUAACAAGAUGUGCAUGGGACGACUUUGAAGAAAAUAUUCGAAGAAUAAAGGACACUUGUAUACCUAAUAAGUUGUCUAGCUCGAGAUACAACCUCCCUUGGUUUAACCCAUCAGUCAGGAGACAAACAAGAACUAAACAAGUGAGGUGCCAAGUCCUUGCUCGCGCAUUCGUCUCCUGACUGUGCUCAAGGAAAUGUCGAACAUUUUUGCUCUACUAGCUCACAGCCGUAAAGUUAUGCUAAAUUAAGUAAGCUAAUUGGUCUCUAGAAAUAUCAAAUUUAGAUCUCCCGGCAUUCGACGCUGAUACUCCUCCUGCUUCGUUGUUUUCAUUAACAGGGUGAGGGCGCUCCAAAGUAGAAAUCAAUAGCCUAGCUUGGUUGAGGUAUCCGUUACACGCAUCAGGAUCUUGUGCUGAAAGAACAGCAAGGCUUUGAUAAAUAGUUUCAGAGCUAUUGAGAAUUUGAUAAGAAAUAUGAGGGUCAGGAUCUGAUUAGAUGACAGUCAUAACAUCAUUUAUGGCUGUUUAUAUGGAGCGAGUUAUCCCGCCUAGGCGAGGUGAAAACUGCAUAUAAGACUAAUCAGGUUAAGCUUUUGAUGUGAUGCGCUUUUCAUUUCGCCUAGCCGCAGGGGUUGUUCCAGCACAAGUGCACUAAUUUGCAAGACACAAGAAAACUGCUAAAAAUAACCACUUUGUUUUGUAAUGUAAAUUAGUGCACUAGUGCUUGAUCCACCCCUGCGGCUAACCGUAAUAACUGCAUAAUUGAAUCUCGUAGUUCGCGUUCCGCCAUCUUGUUGUCAAUUUUCCAAUUCCAAACUCGCGAUGCAGAUUACAAUUGUAAAUAUAAAAAAUUGUAUACUAUUUUACGGCAAACAAAAUUUGUUACCGUUUUUGGCUUGAAUUAAUGUGGUAAUAAUUUCGUUUGUAGUAAAAGGUAUACAAAUUUUCAAACUUUGCAAGGCUAUAUUUUCCAUAUUUUACAACAUUUCACCACCAAAUUUUGAAAUUUCUACUAAUUCUAGCACGCUCUUUUCAG